AUGUCCGCUCCGGCGCAUAACUUCUAUCUCUUUGCGCACGCACAAAACAUCAUUCUCAGCUUCUGGCUUUCCUCCAUUCCUCUUGCUCCUCUUGCUAUCACCAACACGCAUUACCGGAUCCUUCGCAACGCCGAGGCUGGCAGCUAUGGGGUAAUUGCCGCGAUCGCGUACAACAUGGAGCAGAUCCUGGGCCUUGUGCGGGCCGCGAAGACCGCCCGGUCGCUUUUAAUCAUCCAGUUCUUUCCCUGGGCAAUUGAAGCCUCGGACGGGUUGCUGAUACGUACCGCAGCGGAUGCGGCCAAACGCGCGGGGGUGCCGAUCAGCAUCCAUCUCGACCACGCGCAAUCCGCGGCGAUCAUCCGACGGGCGGCACGCACUCUGCCGUUCGACAGCAUCAUGGUGGAUAUGUCCCAUCACGAGUCCUACAUUAACCUGCAGCGCACGCAGGAGCUGGUCGCAUACUGUCACGAGCGCCACAUCCUCACCGAGGCGGAACCCGGCCGCAUCGAUGGCGGAGAAGACGGCGUCAUGGACCUGGCCGGACUGGAAGCCUGUAUGACCACCCCGGACGAGGUCGAGGAUUUCAUUGCCACGGGGGUCGACGCCCUGGCGCCGGCCUUCGGCAAUGUGCACGGGGAAUAUGGUCCCUUAGGUCCGCAGUUGGAUUUCGACCGGCUUGGAAAGGUCCGAGAAAAAGUGAAUGGACGGCUGGCGCUCGCGCUGCACGGCACCAACGGAUUCGCGCCCGAGUUGAUGCAGCGCUGCGUGGCGGCCGGCGUGGUCAAAAUCAAUGUCAACCGUCUGGUCCUGGAGGAUUACUAUACCCACCUCCACGCCAGCGUGGGUAAGAUGCCCCAUACUCAGCUGUUUGAGGAGGGGGUGCAGAAGGUUGCGGAUCUGACGAUGAAGUGGAUGAAGAUCUGCGGUUCGGCGGGGAGGGCUUAG